GGAAGCGCGUCGAACGGCGCAUGCGCGGGCGGCCCUCCGGGUGAACGCCUACCUUCGCGUCGCUGCUUCGUGCUGGUGGUGGUGUUGCCGCUCCCGCUUGCUUGCGUUCGCCGUAACCCAGUGCUCGCUGCGCUGUAGCUCGGAAUUACUCCGCCAUGCCGUACACCAUGGACGUCGCCACUCAGGUGCACCUGAACGAGCCUUCCCCCGUGGAGUGUCGAGAUGUGGAGGUUUAUUUUUUAGUGAUUCCUUAGAGGGCGCGGCUUCCGUGCGAGCGCCCUCUGAACCGCGCACUCCAUCACCGGCGCCAGCGAGUCUCCGCGAACAGCAGAGGCAGCGGCCCGGCGGUCCCGCAACCCCGGGCUCGGCGGCAGCGGGGCCUGAGGAGCAGGCCACAGCGGCGCCCCCGCAGGCCGCCGCUGUGGUUGACCACAGCAGGCCGGCUAUGGCACCACCAGCGACCGACGCACAGGAGCCUGAAAAGGUUCCGCUACGCACAGUCUCGGCGACGGCCGAUGGUCCCGAGGACGGCGCUGCGACGAAGGCCGAUGGCGCCCGGUCCUCCGACCAGCAGCAAGCACAGCAGGAGCAGGGGGGCGCCUUCAGCCUGUGGCUGGCCAAGCCGCGGGUCAUGUGGUGGAUCGCUGUGCUGGUGGCCAUACUACUCGUGGCGGUCGUGCUUAUCGCCACGCUGCUCUCCACCGGAAGGGAGGUCGACGACACGGUAUGGGCGGACGACGCCUCCCUGCUGACAAUGUGGCCACGGCCCAAAGGGAAUCACCGAAUGAUCUGGUUCCGCCACGGAAGCUUGCCGUACGAAGGUCGCGAAUGGCCCGAGCUGACUGCGCAGCUCAACGGUCUCGUGUCGGCCUACGACCCCGUGCGCGCGUCGCGCAACUCCAACGUAACCGAGUGCUUCGGCCGGCGGCCGGAACACGGCAAGGUGUGCCUCUUCGACAUCCGCGCCGUGGCUCCCGAGUGCACGGCAGCGCUCGACUUCGGCUACAAGGAAGGCAGUCCCUGCGUGUUCCUCCAGUUCUCCAACGUUCUAGGCUGGGAGCCUACACCCAUCGCGAAGCACGAGGCGGCGCAGCUGCUGCCGGCGGCCCUGCUGCCACUGCUCAAGCCGGACCUCGUACUGCUGCAGUGCGAGGGCGACACCGUGGUGGACCGCGAAAACCUGGGCGGCGUGGUGUACACGCCGUACCAGGGCUUCCGCACCGAGUUCUUCCCGUACACGGGACACAAGGACUACAUGGCGCCCCUGGUGGCCGUCCAGUUUAGGAAACCCUCGACGGCCGUAGUGAUCGGCGUCCGCUGUCGCCUCUGGGUACGAAACCCGCCGCCGGCGAAUGCCUCGGCUGAGCUCUUCUUCAACUUGCUCGUCGACUGAGGCCUUCUGCUCGGCGUCUGCGCGGCCGGCUGCGACCACACGGGGGCGCCCUCUUGACCCAUCGUCUCUGCCAUCAAGUGCGCAGACGUAGCGCUACUGGCCGCUGGAAAGGAGCGAUGACCGAAUCUUCUCAGCCACCCCGAGGUCUGAGUUGAGAAAAAACGUUCGUCGGUUCGCGUGGAUGAUUGAGGGAAACUUCAACCGAGCGUUGCCGCACUUUGCGUUGAGCGUUGCCCUGACAUUCUGAUACGUUACUUGAAGGCUGUUUCGCUCUGACGGGAAGAGACAAAAAAUUGGUGGGUUUGAAGUUGCUAUAGAUUUUUUUCUCGAUCUCUCUCUCGCUUCUAUGUGAAAUCUGCAUAUAUACCACAAGAACGAGAGAGAGACAGAGUGGUCACGUGUAUAGUUUGCAGCUCAGUAGCAGCAGACCUACGUUAAGUGCGGCAACAUUCGUUGCUUUCUGGUCAUCGUUGCGGAGACUGACAUCUUUUUCCGUGGCAUUGUACCGCGGCCAGCUGGCGCGUUACUGUUGUCAUUGAACGUUACUGAUACGGCGUCAACGAUAAGCCACCAAGUGUCUGAGCAUUGUAUAUGCCCGCAGCAGGUUGCGUUUGCGUCUUUGGCAGGGCUAACAACUUGAGCGGCACUGUGAAUGCGCACUUUUGCCGACCGCGUAGAGUGCUGGAAACGGAAACGCAUUCUGUCGCAAGUUUGGGCGUCGUCGAUGGAGAGUUGUAGGGGAGUGUUCUGGAGCAAAGGCAGGCAGACCACCAUUGCCACUGCUGCCAUUUUCACAUCAUGCAUGGUGCACGCUUAGAGCAUUGGCGAUCUACAUGGAAGUCAACCCCAAAGUUUGUACUUGCUUUCAUGAAGAUGCGAUGCACGUCUGCAAUAGGGGGAAAAUUUGUUGGGUUACAAAGUUUCACGCGAGAUAGCUGGGAAGCAGAGCUUAAGUGAUUGCGUUGUUAAGGAAUAGGAUGAGUCGGUGAAAUGUUAUGGUAUGAAUUGUAUUGCGUCGUUGCACUUGGAAAUAAUCUAUUUGUGCUCUGUGUUUUUUUUUUUUUCAUGAUCUCGGUGAAGGAAAGAAUUUGAGAUGCUGAAAGGCUGACGCUGAACGCUGGUCAGAGAGAACCCAUUGAACUUGAUCAUUGUUCCAUUAGAUGGCUGAUUUUCCUUUCAGUGUACGCGAAACUCAUCAGGAUUAGUUAUGCUGUUUUGCUGAUAUUAGAUUUGAUUGUAUCCUUGACUUGAGCCAGUUGGUUGCCUGAGAAAGGCGUUCUAAGCUUUGGUCGGUGGCGGAGCGUGCAAUAGAAUUAGAUGAAAGAUCGGUAAGCAGGCAGAGACUUUCGCUCAAAGUGAGUUAUUAGGAGACGGGCUUAGGUUUCGAUGAGGGUCAUUGUUACAAGGUUAUGGUCUGGCGAGUCGAAGCCGCUGUUUGUUUUGUAGGGCUGAAGACUGAAGCCUUAGACUUUUUCGGAGAGUCGCUCUCAUGUACUUCAUAUGCCACACUGCCAUUCUGUUGGAGCCCCCACAAGUAAAGGGUAGUUUCGACGUCAUAAGGGUAUGCAAGGGAUGAAAUGCGCAAUGGUCACAUAUGGCUAACGCUUAGUGGUUUUCAAGAAGCCCAGAGGCAGGUUUUCAAUUAACGAAGUGGUGACGAGAUUUGCUUGAGUCUUUUUUCACUGUAAUUUUCUUCUGAUUGUCACAUGUGCUUUAGAAAACAAAAGCGGUUAGUUUUCCCUGACAAUUAUUUUUAUUUAUUUAUUGUUUUUUUCUUCUCGCAGCAUAGGAACAUUUGGAAAGGAUGGCAACUGUACGAUAUUAAAAAUGAACAAUUUCUGUUUUUGUUCAAGUAUAAGGCGCAUGGUAGCAAAUACUAUGAAGCAUUCUUUCCUAAUGCAAAAAAAGAAAGUUUAAGAUAUUACGAUCAUUCGCCGGCCUCAUACCCCUUCACCUUCGCGUCCGCUGUCAUUUUUGCUUAUAUUUAUGUAGUCCUAACGGUUUCUUGAACUCCAUGAGCCGCAGCCGUGUGGUAGCAGAAGUAGCGGUUCCGGCUGAAGGGUAUCCGUCAGACAUAAGCCGUUCGGUGAAAGUAAAGAAACAAAGAGUGACGAACGUGUCGGUGUUCUUUUGUGGGCUCAUUUAUUGUUGCGCGCGUCCACACGCUCAUCGACGCAUGUGUUACUCGCAAGUAUAUUGUGCACAAAGGCAGCGAGGAGGGUAGGACGGGAAGGUGAGGGGUUGUUCUCUUUAAUCGUAUAACAGGUCAGCAGUUUAAUUACCCACCUCUUUCGCGCCACUUCUUUAUACUCGUUGUGAAAGACAGGUCGACUCUUCUUUUGAAGUCGCGGACCAUAUAUUUACGGGGUAUUUUCCUCCUUGACUGCGCCAAGUUAACAGCGAACCUUCUAGAGAGUACUUGUGUUUUCAGCGAUGUCGGGGAAGUUCUUUGAAGCGGCUCCCACGCCGAGUAAGUCUGUUGUCCUUGUAAGCAUAAAGACGCCCUGAAACAUCCUUCGUCGAAAGUGCAGUGUUGUUUUUUUUGUUUACCUGCGAAACUUUCGUUCAAAUGUAGCCAUUGCAAGGUGACUGCAUACAAAUGAAGCGACCAAUGUACCCCGCUGCCAGAUGAUGGGAUCUGGGACUGGGAGCUGUAAUGUCGCGCUAGCAGUCUGACAGAAGGACGCUGUCAAAUGAGGAGCAGCGACUGUUCGCGCAUCCAUAUUUUAGUUACUGCGUGUUUUACAAUGGAAACAUCAAUACACCAUUGACACCGCAGCUGUAAACCUCCAGUACUUGUCUAGUGUGUGAUUCGCUGUGCUGCUUCUUUCAUUUAUUCACAAACACAUACGAACAUGGGAUAUGAGGCUAUCGACCUUGGACAGCUGGUUCGCAGGACUUCUGGCACACGGAAUAUAUGUCGUGGCCAGAGGAAAAAGUGUGCACAGAAAGAAAAGUGUCGCUCGCAGUCGCAGGAAGACGAGCCUGAAGACGACGACUGACAUCUGACCAGCCGUACCUGUCUUUUUUUUUUUCUUCAGAUAAUGGUUACGUAUACACAACUGUCACCUGUUUCUCACCUUUGCUGAAAUUUGUUUCUGGUGGUGAGCUUCAUAUUUCUUUUCUUUUUUGCACAAUGAAACCGGAUAUUGGUCGCUAUGAUCACUGCACGAAAGUCAGCGUCCUAGCACAAGAAAAUAGUCGAAGCAUCGCGAAUCGUUUCAGAAACAUAGGAAAGGGCCGACAAGAGUGUUUCGGGGCAACGUUACGCCUAUUGAGGACAAUAAUUGGCGUUCAUCAAAAUUGUCAGCCAUUUAACAUUAGCAAACUAUAAUUACCAUGUUUUCUUAGCUGAUACGACGAAAAGGUUUACUAUAUGUGGAUUAUGAUUCGCUUGAUUUUCACGAGUGAGCGCCACUGAGCACAACCACGCUUAUCAAAAUGUUGACGCUGAACUUGCCUUCUGACUUUAUUAAAUGAUCUGGCGCCAAACGAGGGAGAGAACACCCAGUAUACAGAUAUUAUAUAUAUAUGCAUUUUUAGCUUAGGUGCCGCACGAAAAAGAAAAAAAAAACCAACGUAUUCAGAUAUUUUUAGCGCCAGUUGAAGUGUAGUAGCGGUAGUUCCCGUUUAAGGAUGAGAUAAACAAAAGGCACUUGAACAAAAGCAUAUUUCUGAUAAAAGCACGUCGAGUGGAUCUAUAUUUUUUGCGCUUGUAUAGAUAAGAGGAAAUUGUGCGAAGGGGAAGACGACCGGAACGAGGAAUCAGUCGUUGUCCGGUUUUUCACUCACAUUCGAGAACACUGCACACAGCCAAGAGCUGCGAGUCGGGCAGCGCGACCUCGCUCAUCGAGACGCUCAUUCAUUCUGCGCUCACUGUUCUCUACGUGUAGCUGUAUUUGCGCGUGCGCGUGUGUGGUUGUAUGCGUACAUGUACAACGUGGGUCGUUGUUCUUCGGACUCGCGUGCAUCUCACUGUGGAGUUGUGGCUAUAAUGCGCUUCGCUAUAGUUUCUGUGCGGCUCGUUUCUCUUCUUUCCUGUCCUACAGCAGCCCAAGGAGUUGUACCCUUGCACGGGCACGAAGGCUGUUGUUUGAGGCACGUGCGCUGUGUGGAGGUCGGCACAGCGGUUUGUUUACACUUGAGGCCGCAGUUGGCGCGCUUACACAGCAUAGCAUCGGCGCCCCGUUAUCGCAAACGAAUCCUGUCUUGCUCAGUAUCCAUCACUUGUCUUUUGCGAGUCGGCGAUGCGAAAGAAGGACCAUCUCUCGCUUUUGUAAUAUUUUUUUUUUAGUUGCGUGCGUGUGCGUGUGUGUGUGUGUGCAUGCGUGCCUUUUUCAACUUGUUGAGUUAGAGCUGGAACUAAAUCACCUCCUUGUUUUUGUUUUUGAGACAUCGGGGACAUCGCUUUGACCCCCAGAGUCGUACGCGCAGCUGAUUCGACUGGUGAGCCGGCUGUUACUGAAGCGAGAUCUCGGCACUGAGGCGUUUUUCGUGAGGAUGCCACGUCGUGGCUUAUGUGAAGGUGUGGUGUCACCGUGAAGUCUUAUUCUUAGACUAGCUCAGUGGUACAUUGCAUUGUUUUAUUGGUUAUAAUGUCCCAAAAGCUACACCUGUACAAUGAGAGACGCCGCAUAUGGUCGAAGAAUCCGAAUCGGUUUCGAUCACGUAGUGCUUUAACGUCAGUUUGUAUCAAAAUGCAUGGCCGCUUUUUCCUUUUUUUUCUUUUCUUUAAUGUCGUCAGCAUUGGAGAGACGGUCUAUAUGCACACUGUCGGGGCACCACGAAUUUGCACACGAGUUCCCGCACUCUCGGUCAGGUGCCCGAAUCCACUGGACGUUCAAGUAGCCAAGCGCUCCAUACGCUUUAUUUUGGCGGUGCGGUCGUCAUUGUUGUACAGCCAAACUGGUUGCAGCUGCUCCGGAACCAUUAAAAAAAGGCUUGCAUGCCAUGACAUCAAAUGACUACGAAGUUUAAGACAGUAGGCACCUUUCAAAAUAAAUGUAUGAAUUUUUUUCUUCUUCUUGAGGAAGAAGGCGGGCGUGGAGGUUUGUGGCCACUGCGGUCGAUUCUGCUGUGCAGUCGAUGCUGGCGAACAGGAUCUCGUACACGUUAACUGAUACUGUUAACUGAUCGUUAACUGAUACGUUAACUGAUCAUGUGUCGAGAGCGGUCGCGUGAUUUCAAAGAAGCGGUGUAAUGAGACGCGGUCUUGUGUGCUGCACCGGUCAAGCACAUGAACCUUAGCUGACGGCAAUGUCAAUACACAGAGCCUUGAUGUCCUGGUUCCACGAAGCGAACUCCGACGCGCCUUUGAAGCACCGGUGUACAUUCGGCAGCCGCGAGUGAAACGCAGGAAUUCGAGCGCGUGCCUUUAGACACGGGCUGCGUCAAGACAAGGCAUGCAUGGUUCGGGAAGCAUAAAAAUAUACACGUGCUAUUUCGCACCUUAGAUAUUUUGGCACGGUCACUGAAGUUGCCAAAGACCAGCCCAUCGAACCACUGCGUUUCAUCCGUUGCCAAUAAACGUGCGUGUCACGCGGAGAGGAACCACCAAUUAAAUGGUCGAUGUUACAACACUGAUUGCGCUUCAUAUUAGAUAAGCAUGCGUGCAGACCAGCGAUCUUUCGAUAAUGUACACAUGGGGCGUCAACGUCGGUCACUGUUUUCCAUGAAAACGGCUGGAACGUGAAAGCUGUUUCCAGCCGACAAAAAAAAAAAAAAAGAAAUGAAUGGUUUCCUCUAGGUGUGACACGCGAUGUACGCUAACAUGCGCUGCGAGUUUCAGUUCUUGUCGUACGUUGUUACAUGACGACGCAUUCACUUGUGCGGAUGAGUGUGUUAUUCACUAUGUCGUUGCCCUGCUCUCCCACCUUCCCGACUCUCCGCCCUUCUCUGUACAAUGUGUUCAGCGAGGACCGGGCCUCUGCACAUCAAGGAGCCAUGUCUUCUCUCGGGUUUACCCAACUGUCCACUGUCUCAGCCUGAGGAAUAAAUCUAUCUUAUCUCGUU